AUGAAGCCAGCGCCGCCCUUGGCUGCUGAGCUCAUGUUGGGGGAGCUGGAAGUCAGUUGCGGCUGCCGGAGUGAGUUGGCGGCGACACAUGCAGGAUAUCUCACAGCGAAAGAGCAGCAGAUCGUGCACGUUGUUCCAGAGGGCGCUCCGAAGGAAGACUACGAGCCUCCUAGCCGCCCCUCAACCAAGCAUCCCAUGUGGCUCCGGGACCCGUUCCGAACUAGGGCGACACUAUCACCACUCUUGAACGAAGCGAUGGCAUGUCGUUUUCCUGAACCAUCCCGUCACAGGGCACAUACGCCGCUGGUGGUUGUUGAGCUCAAGUUGUGGGAGGUGGAAUUGGCGAUACAUGCAGGAUAUCACACAGAGAAGCAGAUCUUGCACUGUCUUCCAGAAGGCGCUCCGAAGGAAGACUACGAGUUCUCCAUGUUCGGCAGCACUAUCACCGUUCUUGAUCGAAGCGAUAGCAUGUCGUUUUCCUGGACAAUCCCGGCACAGGGCACAUACGCCGCCUUUGCUCAAGCCGCAGUAGGUGGAAGUCAGUUGCCGAUGCUGGAGCGAGUUGGCGAUACAUGCAGGAUAUCACACAUGGAAGGAGGACAGAUCACGCAAGGUGUUCCAGCAGGAGCUGCGAAGGAAGACUAUGAGUUGUCCAUGUUCGUGGUUGCUAAACUAGCAUCAUUCUUGCAAUGUUUUCUCAUGUACGAUCCCUUUCUGCUGCAGGGGCACGUGAAGCCAACGCCGCCCUUGGCUGCUGCGCUCGUGACGUGUCACGUGAAAGUCAGUUGUGGCUGCCGGAGUGAGUUAGCGUCACAGAGAAGAAUGAUCAUCAGAUCGUGCAUGGUCCACGGUGUUCCAGAAGGAGCUCCGAAGGAAGACUACGAGUUGUCCAUGUUCGUGGCUGCUAUGCUAGCAUUCAUCUUGCCAUACUUCCUCAUCUGCGAUCCCUUUUGGCAGCCAGGCUUGCUAGCCACCACUCAACUGGGCAUCCAUGUGGCUCCGGGAUAUCACACAUGGAAGGAGGACAGAUCACGCAAGGUGUUCCAGCAGGAGCUGCGAAGGGUCGCGUGGCCACCACAAACAGGCAUCCCAUGCAGCUCCGGGACCUUGGGCAGCGCUGCCACCAUUCCUGGUCGAAGCGAUAGCAUGUCGCGCUUCAUGGGUGGGGCUAGCACCAUUCAUCCAAUGCUGCGCCGGGAGUCCAAGGCCGCCGUUUACCGGCAGGAGAUGAGGGACUGCUUCGAAAUCGGCAUCGAGCAUGGAUUUCUUGACUCGCCGGACCAAGCUGUCGUUGCCAUGGAUUGCCUGUACAUGCAUCCGGCUCGGUCCUUUUCCUGA